CUCGCCCUUCCUACUUAAAGCAGGUUUGCUAAAACAAAACCUAGUUAAACCACCUGUGGGUGGGUGCGACUAUGAUUUGAAACUGCACCUCUCAUGACUUCCUCUGUCACGCAGACGCUUUGAGCAUUUGAAGGAGAACAGAAUGUUAGCUUUUUCUCUCUACAUAGUGCCUCCGUUAUGUUGAUCGUGCACCAUUGUGCACACAGUAGACGCCAUCAUAUUAUAUAUUCACUAAGUCGACUGCCAAAACGAGGCCUGAGGUGAUCCAAAAUGAACCAGUCAACAACAAGAAAACCACCUCUGAUUGAAAAAUGGACCACAGAGGAUGUUCACCAGUGGCUGAUGGCAGAGGUCAAAGUUCAACAGAGUUGUGCAGACAGAUUUACUGAAGAGGAAGUGUCGGGGGCAUGUUUAGUUUCCUUCAAUAAAACAGACAUUUUGGACUUUGGAAUAAAACACGGUCCUGCUGUGAAAAUCACAGCUUAUCUGGAAAGUCUGAAAAAAGCUUGUAAGCAUCAAUCAGAGUUCCCAGAAUAUGUGGAAAAAUGGACCAAAGAGCAGGUGAGCCAGUGGUUAGUGCAGCAUCUGAACAUAUACAGCAAAUAUGCAGAACGACUCCAAGAGGAAGAUGUGUCUGGAGAUUGCCUUGUUUGCUUCAGGAAGCAGGAUUUGGCGGAUCUAGGUGUAAAAGGUGGUCCUGCUAUAAGGAUUAUUUCAGCACUCAAACAACUGAACCAGAAACCGGAGCCAACUCUGCAACCUAUUACAGACAAACAAAAAGAAGCUACCAAACCCACUGAACCAGGAAAUGCUCAGGCCAAAGAAAUAAACCGUCCAGAAUCAUAUGAAAACACUGAAUCCAAAAGAGAUGGGACAGUGGAAAAAGACUCCAAACAGAUUCAGUUACCAUUUCAUAAAACUUCAGAGAAGGAAGAAAUUCAACAACCAAAGCCACAGAACACGAGGGUCAGGAACAAAGGAGCUGUUGUGCAGACUACAGUGUCACCCGAUGGAUCCAGGAUUACUGUGGAGAUCAAGAACAUCCUUGAUGACCUUUUGAAAGUGGAUCUUAAAACAUUUAUUUUUCAUUUAAGAUCGUACACUGAAUCCAAACGUAAACCUAUUUCUCAGAGUAAACUGGAGGAUAAGGACAGCAUGGACAUAGCUAAAUUAAUGAUUAACCACUAUGGAAAUGAGGAAGCUCCACAGGUCGCAAUACAAAUUCUAAAAGAGAUAAAUCAGCUGCCACUUGCCCUUCAGCUGGAAGAAAGAAUAAGGGGAUGUAGAGAGCCACAGCCCUGUCCCCCAGGGCAUGAAGCAGGCAUGGAGGAGAUCCAGGCUCCAGACAUCCAGAGGCCCCAGAGUGUGAGAGCCCAAGGAGGACCACCGGAGGGUCAGCUGAUGCAGAUGACUCUAUCAAAAGAAUCUGUGAGGAAAGAAGCAAACCAGGGAGAAAAGCUGAAGACUUUGUUAAGUUGUGGUGGAAACUCACUUGAUACCUAUGACAAAUUUGUUGUUGUUGUAAACAAGAGCCAUCCAGAACAACUACAUUAUCUUCAGUUUCUGACAAAGUUGAAACUGUUCUGCGUGUUAGACUUUGACCCCAAUUCUGCUGCCUCAGGUGGAUUGUGUCACUCAUACAGAGAGUUGAGGGUAGCCAAUCUGCAUAUACCACCACAAUUUCAAGGACAGACUGAGUCAGUGAUAAAGAACCUCAACCUCUACAAACAGACCAGCUGGGUGUUCUGUAAUGGCCGCCAUGACUUGAACAGUGACUCAAACUUGGCGCUGGAUUAUAAGAACUGGCUCAGGAAAUCCUGUAGAGAUGUAGAACAGUUAGUUUCAUUCAUCUGCAACCCUGAAGUUCUCCUCCAUGGAAGAUAUCUGAUCAUCUUCCUCCUACUUUCACCUGUGGACACUGAGAAAGACCCAGUCUUUGAUAUCUACAAGUCAUUCAUAAAGCACACUAAGGAGGAAAACAUCAUCAGUGUAUGUGAGUCUCAGAGCACAUAUCUGAAAUGGAGGGAACUGAUCAAGGAGAAGUGUGACUUUGACAUUGAGCAUCUGUCCAUAAAUGAACUAACACUGAGUGAGAUCAAUGGCACCAUAAUGGCGAUGGGACCAUAUAGUCAGUCAUUUGUACGGCUGCUUCCCUCUUCUGGUUCCAGUGCUGUUGUCCUAACACAAAAGGAUGAAGAUUUAUUGACAGCUUUAGAUGUUUUGUGUACCAACCAAUGUGAAAACGUAUAUGAUGAAAACAGUUCAGAGUUUCGUGAAUUUAGAAUCAGUGUUGAAAAAGAAUUCUACAGAGGUGGCAAAGUGAAAUGGUGGAACUUCUACUUCUGUGACAAAGACAAAGAGAAGCCAUUUAUCAAGAGAGACAAGUAUGAAAAUGUGAUGAAGCUGAUCAGAUCUCAGUGGAGAGAUUCAAAGGACAUGUGUGUUCUGCUCAACCUGUUUCACCAUCCUGGCUGUGGCGGCACAACCUUAGCAAUGCAUGUGAUGUGGGACCUCCGUCAUGAAUUCAGAUGUGCCGUGCUGAAAGAUAACUUCAUGCCCAAAACAGAAGUUGCCAUCCAAGUUAUUAAACUAAUGAAACUUGAAAGUGAGAAACCGUCUCCAGUUCUGCUGUUAGUUGAUUCAAAAGAAACGGAUAAUCUUGUGAUCUCCAUACGUAAAGCUGUGGUAGAAGAAAACUUCAGUGUAAGUGCAGAUGAUGCACCAAACUGCAAAGUCAUUAUCCUUAACUGUGUUCGUUCCCAUAGUCCAAAGCAGCAAUACAGACAGCACAAUCAAACACAGAAUCAGUUCAUAACUGCUUCUUUGACCCCACAAGAGCAGAAAGAUUUUGAAAAGAAACUCAAAGAGCUUGAAGAAACUCAUGACAAACCUGAAAACUUUUACAGUUUCAUGAUCAUGAAGAACAAUUUUGACCAAAAAUACAUAAAUGACCUUGCUCAUAACACACUGGAGAAUUUUGAUUUCAGCGAAAAGGAGUCCGAGCUGUUUGCCUUUCUAGCUUUACUGAACACUUAUGUGGAAGAAUCAGAAAUAUCUCUCUCUCUCUGUGAGGAUUUUUUUGGGAUGAAAUUUAUUCGGUGGCCAGAGGACAGUGUUUUGGACAGAAUGAAUCCGUAUUCAAACCUUCUCAUCAUAGACAGGAUUGAAGAAUCGGGUGGAUACAAAGGACUCCGGAUACUUCAUCAGACCAUUGCAUCUGCCUGUCUGGCUGAGUUGGAGAGAAGCUGCUACAACAAAGUCAGUGAAAUUACUAUGCAGAUGCUCCAUUACGAUCUGUUCUUCAGUACUUUCGUUGUUAAAAACAGACUGAUGCGCUCAAUUGAACGAAUGUUGAUUGAAAGGCAACGUAAGAAAGAUGGAGAUGAGAGAGAACUAUUUUCUCCUCUCGUACACAAAAUCCAUAACCAGGAGGGGAGACAAACCAUCCAAGAAAUCUUUGUGAAAGCCUCAUCCAGAUUUGUGACAAGUGCAUCUAUUCCUCAGGCACUGGCGAGAUAUUUGUACAUCAAUGAGCGUGACUUCCCAGAGGCUCUGAAGUGGGCUAAAAAAGCCAAAGACAUUAAAGAAAAUCCUUACACCUUUGACACAAUCGGACAAAUUUACAAAAGCAAUUUAAAGUAUAACAUGGACAAAGAAAAGCAGGAGAAAUCACUCAACCCAGAGGACUUGGACACAAACAUUAAGAUAGCCAUCAAUGGUAUGAAAGCUUUCGAAAGAGCCCAACAGCUGGCAGAUAAGGAAGAUGAACUACAAGAAGAAACACCUGAUGAUGACUCAGAGGACUACCCCAGAAAGUCAUACAAUGUUUAUGGGUAUGUGCGCAUGCUAGAAAUUGCUUUCCUGGUCUUUGAGAUACUGAGCAGGUUGCCCUUCUUCGAUGAAACCAACCCAAUGAAUAAAAAGUACCUGCAGAGUUUUCUUAGGGGAAAUAAGCUCAACACUCUUUGUGACGAGGACAAUGAGAUCACCAAUCAGUAUGUCAAGAUCAUCAACGAACACGAGAGGUUUCUUGUUACACUGAAGUCUGACGUCAAAGAAAUAUUUGAUAUCCUUGACUGUUACUUUGCCUACAUUAAAGGGAUGUGUGAAUUUGACACAAUGAAUCAUCGAAUAGUCUGUGACCAUUUUAAGAAGUAUGUUCAUCUUUUCUGUAGUACACCUGAAGAAAUGACAAAAGAAAAAGAACAUCAAUCCAAUCUCACUUUGAAAUUUGAUGUCCAGGAAAAACAGCUGUUUCUUGAAAAGAACCAAGCAGAUACUUUCUCAGGAAUACUUCAGCAUUUGGACAAGCCUGCUGAAAAGAUUGAAAGGGUCACAGAAUGCUACGCAUUUCUGCAGAAAACUGGCAAUCAAAAACAAAAUGCAAUCAAAAACAAAAUGAAAAUUAAUUACAUCCUAUCAAACAUUGUUCUUUACUUUUUGAAACCAAAAUCUAAACAUGUCAAGAGUUACAAAUUCCUUUCUGAUCUACUUUCAGAAACUCUGCAGGAUAUAGGACUAGGUUAUCGCCUCCCAGAUCCUUAUUAUCUGGCUCUACUUUUAUUCUGGCCAAGUCCAACAGAGGAAAACACGGAAAUCGGGAAAUAUGUCAAAGCCAUUCGAAAGUCUUCCCACAAGCAGCUGGCCAAGUUAUUAAAUAAGAGAAGCACUAUUGCCCACUUAUACUUAGGAAAAGGGGAAGGACUAAAGAGGCUUGUUUCAAAACCUAAACUAGAUGAGAGCUUUCUGCCAAAGAUGCCUCGUAAUACUUUGGCACAACUUUGGUGGAACGGAGACAUAUUUAAGGAAAAAGCAAUCAUCAGCCGCCUCCACCGGGUCAGUGGGACUAUUGAGCGAGGAGAGGUGUAUGCAAACUAUGGUCAACAGAAGAUUCCAGUGCGUCCAGCUCGGUUAAGUGGAAUCAGAAGUGGCUUUAGCACAGAAAAAGUGUCUUUCUACAUUGGUUUUGCCAUUAACGGACCACUUGCAUAUGAUAUUAAGUAUGAAAACUAAGAGGGAGGCAUUCAUAAUGCAACAAGUGAGCCAAGAAACUGAAGUGAAACAAGUCUAGCAGCCGGUAUUAGCUUUAUCAAGAAAAUGCCAAGAAAAUGUAAAGAAAAUGCAAAACAAAAGGUCUAUAAUGUUCCCUGGUCUUCCCUAACCAAAAUAAAAGCAAACAAUAGAGAAAUGUCUAAACUAAGCUCCUAACCAAUAAACAGGAGAAAAAAAAAGAGUUCAAUAAAAAAGGCUUCUCACUUCUACUACUGCUGCAGUGCUCGACAUAUACAGUGUAAUAUUUACAAUUAUCCAUUUACAACCCUUUUUACAAAAACUGGUGGGUUGCAAUAAUACAAAGCACACAACUUAGUCCAGGCUACUCACUAACAGACUUUCAGAUCAGAGUCCUCACAGAGAUGUACAAAGAAUUACUAACAAAGAUGGUGUUGAUGUUGGAGGCAACACAGGAGUGAGCUGGUGGUUAUGAGACUGGUGUCCAUCUAGCCAACCAAUCCUGAUACAGAAAAUCAAUUCAAAUCAGCCACUCAUCAGCCACCUUUCUCAGCAAACACACUACCUGGAUGAAGGAGAGAGAAAAGCAUAUAUUGUGAUGGGAGGAGCCGAACACAAAAACAACAGACAUGAUUAUGGAUCAUAACAGUAUAUUAAUUUGGUGUAUUGAUUCAAUUCAGUGAUUUGUAAGUGAUAUGUAUACUCUGUUAAAAUAAGUUUUUCAGAUCAUUGCAGUUCUGGUGUGGAAUAUUGACAAGCCAGUUGGAACAGCUUGUUUUAAUUACGUAAGAAUAUAAAGUUGUUGCUUUUCCUUUGAAAAACAUUGUAAUACUAAUCAGAUAACAGGAAUAAUCUCUUUUUUGGACAUGAUUAUUUGAUUGUUGUGAUUACUGUGUAGCGAUUUAUAUUUGUAAAUGUUUUCACAGUUACGGACAUUAAAAUAUAUAAAUGUG